UCACUCAUUUGGCCAGUCACGGGGCCAAAACCAGUGUUUGGAGCCACAGUGUGUCGGUGGAGGCAGCAGCAAUGGGAGGCCAUACAGCAACCUAUGACAAAAUGGAAACCAGCAGAGUGUGAGGAGACCUGAAAGUGGCACAUGGCAGAGUGGGAGCAAUGGGAGGCGGUACAGGGACCCCCAGGUCACAACUGUGGGCUCAGCAGCAGCGUGACCAGGCGGUACGGGGGCCCAUGGCCGAUUUGGGGCCUGGUGGCAGCUAUGGGAGGCCCGUAAUCUGCCAGCACCCUAUGUCAAAAAUUGAACACAACAGCAGUGUGUGAGGAGACCUGAAAGUGGCACAUGGCAGAGUGUGCAGCAAUGGGAGGCCGUACAGGGACCCAUGAGAGACUCUGG